AUGCAUUCUAUUAUCUACCUAAUUACUAUUUUCAUUGCAUUCUUCGAAAAUGCGCAUGCAUUUGUCGACAUUGCCACUCUCUUGGACGACGACGACAGUAGAAUAACAACCUCACAAAUUCGAAGGAAACGUAAUGAUGACGAGGGCGGCAACGGCUUCAAGGAGAGGUGUCGCCAGAUAUCCAACCUCUCGAAGCUCAUUGCGGAUGCGGAAAACCAAAUCAUACUCGACGAAAUUGCAGCUGAGAGCGAGAAGGGUUUCAUGAAAGUUGAAGAGUUCAAGAUGAAGGCAGCAGAGGCAGUUACAAAGCUAGCAGCUUUGGAGGCCACCCCCGCCAUGAUUGAGGAGUGCAAAUUUACCCAGCCGACAAGAAAUGACAAGAGGGCCUGUCGAGCCAUUAGAAGGCUUCCAAGAGUUGCUGGAAGAUACAGAUAA